AUGCCGCCUCGCCGCUCGCUCAAGCAGCACGACGCGACCGCCGAGUCGCACACGCGCAAGAUGAGGCGCCAGCGCGCACUCGACCAGGUGCGCAAGGACAAGCGCCACAGCGCCGUGCAGACCAAACGGCGGCGUCCCGUGUCGACCGCCCGCCCGGUGCCACGUAGCGGCCGCAGUCUUUCCGCGCUGGUCGAGUGCCUGCGCGGCGGCGGAGACGACAAUAGCGCGUCGGGUGUACUACCGAUUGAGGCGCGUGUUGAGGCGCUUCGGGAGAUUCGACUGGUGCUGGCGGGCGCACAGGAGACGCGAGAGGACGAGUUCGAGGAAAUAGAGCAGCUGAUUGCGUUAGGGAUUGUACCUAUUCUAGUGGCACUACUGGACUCGGCAGCACCUCUCCAUAGUGCCUCGCGGUUGGCCGAAGAAGUGUAUCGAGAGGUGUUGUGGUGCUUAACAAACAUCGCGAGCGGCAGUUACGAACACACGAAACUCGUGGUGCCAGCUGUCCCUCGAUUGGUGGAGCUGCUGGAGUCGUCGAGUCAGUUGUUGGCUGGACAUGCCGCCUGGACGCUGGGGAACAUUGCCGCGGACUGCAAUGAGUUUCGCCAGCACCUCAUUGCCAAUGGAGUGGUCGUGCCUCUUGUCCAGCGAUUGGGCACUUUUGGCGAGACCGAAGCAGCAGCCGAAGUGGCGAAAACAAGUGCCUGGGCCUUGUCGAAUUUAGCUCGUGGGUUUGAGACCCGAGCGAAACCUUUUGUGGACGCAGGAAUCAUUCCCGUCGUGGUCCAGGGACUCGCCCGGCCUCGUGCAGGGGCUUUGUUCAGUGACGACAUUGUGGUGGAAGUCGCGUGGCUCUUGAGCUUCUUGACGGCACGGGAAGAAGAGUGUCUACGGCUGAUGCUGGACGCCGGGCUCGUGGACGUUUUGUUGCCGUACUUUUCGACAACCGACCACGUCCUGUUGACGCCAAUUCUACGUGUGUUUGGCAAUGUUUGCUGCGGCUCGGCGGACCACCACACGGACGCGUGGCAGCUGCCAUACGUUCGUCGGUUGGUGAGUGCCGAGUCUGUGGCGUUUGUGCCAAAGCUGUGCGAGUUUCUGCAGCAAACAGGCACACAGCAAACAGCGUUGGCGGUAGAAGCAGCGUGGGUGAUUUCGAACUUGGCGGCAACGGAGGUGGCAAUUGUCGACCGGCUGAUGCAGGCCCAAGUACUCCCGCUGCUGGGUCAGCAGUUCAAAGAAGGUGGCUACGACGUGCGCCGCGAAGUGGCAUUUGCGCUUACCAACAUUGCGUUGACCAGUGCAGCACAUCUGGACGACGUGUUGGCCCUCGAUGUGGUCAAGGGCUUUCUGCAUCUCCUCACUGUUGCUGACAUUGCGGUUGUGGGUAACUCGCUACGCUUUAUCGAGAACGUGCUGCGCGUGGCGCCUCGAGGGGCGUUACUGGUCGAGACGAACGAGGGCAUUGAUGCACUCGAGACUGUGCAAUUUGAAUGCGGUGACGAGCGCUUGUCACAGUGGGCAGCCGCGUUGGUCAAUGAGUUUUACGGAGAGAACUAUGGCAUCCACUCGCCGCCAAGCGCCGGUGCAGAAUUUACGGAGUUUGGCGGAUCGUCAGGAGAGCCGAUGAUGCAGCUGUCUUUCGACACUUCCCAGCAAUCGCCUGCUUCGGGUACUGCAGGUCGAGGUCGCGGUGCCCACAUGACUACGCCUGCGUGGAAGAAGUAA